UGACGUCAGCCUUUGUUUACACCUGAAAGCCCGCGCCUCCGGGAUCGGGACUCGGACCGAACUCUUGUUGUGCUGCUCUCUGAACAUUGACACCUUCCCCCAUUCUUUUGCACAGCCCCGGACACCGCCGUUAUAACCUAUUCAUUCUACAAAUUGGUACUUUUGUUUACCACACACUUUCGCCUCAACAAAAAAAAUAACACACCACCAUGCUAUCAGAUACAAGCUAAUGUGUUCGACAGAAACGACGACCCAGGGGACAGACGAGACAAAAAGAAUAGAGCAUUAUCCACCGCCGGCAGCGCCGAAACAACGGGGAGAUCAAGAUGCCGAGGCGCAGGGAGAGCUUCCUCUUGCUCGAACAGGCCGUCACGGUCGACUCGAAGGAGAUCGACGCCUUAGUGGCUAAAAUCGGGGAGACGUUGCAGUUCCAGCGGAUGCCGCACAGUACGAAGCAGCAGCAACAACCGCAGCAACAACAGCAACAACAGAGCCAGCAACUACAGUAUCAGCAGCGGUUGUACCCCCAGCAGGAGCCCCGAGUCUCCGCCAAGUGCGGCCUGUGUUGCAUCGAGCGCUGGAAGGUGCCCUGUCGCAACAAGCCGUACAGCGUGCCGCACCGGCUCCGGGAGGCGGCGGCGGCGGCGAACACAGCCAAGAGCAGCCAGCACACCAUGCGUCCGUCCCCGGAGUGCGGCCCGCGGCAGCCCGCUCACCAGAAACUCGAGCAGCUCUUGUCGUCCGGUAACUUGAUCAAAGAGGCGGUGAGACGCCUCCAUAGCCGGCACCACUAUGCACACAUCUACUCCGAGAAGCUCACUGUGUAGCGGAGAAGACAUUCGCAACAACCACCCCCCGGGGAUGGGGAGCGUAUUGCUGCAGAAUACAACCGGAGACAGAAAGGGUGAAGACAGAAAUAAAUCUACAAUUUGAAACAACCCCGAUCAUUUUUUUAUGAGCAGCGGUGGCUGACUGUAUUGAGAAAAUAAAACACGUCGAAAUGAUUACCACACUCGAAUUUGAUGCAGGGCCACCGUGUGAAAUUUGAAAGCUUAUUUUUUAUAUAUGUUUUGUCUUAACGCACUGUAUGAUAUUCUUAGGGAUGUUAAUAAAACCCUUGGGAUCCACUUUUGCACCAGUCCACUGACUGCAGAGUUGUUUUUAAACAAAUGAUCCAAAAAAAACAAAAGGUGGAUUUUGACUUUUUUUUGAACGGGUAUUCCUGAGGUUACACAACAUAUGUUUACAGCAGAGAAUCGCACUGGUGUCUGGUGCUUGUUUCUUUGAAGUCGAGGCACCACAAGGUCGUUAUCACGCCGACCUUGGAUUUCUGUUUUUUUUCGGUUUGUCUUUGGACUCCGAGUUUUGACUGACGGUUUCCACAAAUGUUUGAAUUCCCCAAACCGUUUUAUCAGCGUUGAACUGAAUAUCACAUGGCAGCUGAGACGAGACAACCCCUCAUUCCAACUUUAGACAUAGUACGCCAGGAAUUCCGCGAACUGUUUACAGUACGUGUCGUACCCCACGGGCUUUGGGACCUGGUUUAAUGGAUAAGUAGGGUUCAGUUCGCUGUUAUUUAAUAGUCAUUUAAUUUUAGCCACAAUCGAUACAUGUAUACUUCGUAACGGAGUAUUUUGUUGUUCCUGUUGUCCAGGAAUUGAUGUGUUGAAUAAAAUAAUGCAAUUAAAAAACAA